CUCUCCUUCCCUCCUCGCAGUCUCCCCGUGGCUCAGUGCUCUCCCGAGUCUCCGGCUGUCUGCCCCUGCAAGGCGGGAUCCUGGUCCCUGCUACGUUCCUGGGGCCAUGGCAGGCCUGGGCCCCGGCGGAGGCGAUUCAGAGGGGGGACCCCGGCCCCUGUUUUGCAGAAAGGGGGCUCUGAGGCAGAAGGUGGUCCACGAAGUCAAGAGCCACAAGUUCACCGCCCGCUUCUUCAAGCAGCCAACCUUCUGCAGCCACUGCACCGACUUCAUCUGGGGCAUUGGGAAACAGGGCCUGCAAUGUCAAGUUUGCAGCUUUGUGGUUCAUCGACGAUGCCACGAAUUUGUGACCUUCGAGUGUCCAGGCGCUGGGAAGGGCCCCCAGACGGAUGACCCCCGGAACAAGCACAAGUUCCGUCUGCACAGCUACAGCAGCCCCACCUUCUGCGACCACUGUGGCUCCCUUCUUUAUGGGCUGGUGCACCAGGGCAUGAAAUGCUCCUGCUGCGAAAUGAACGUGCACCGCCGCUGUGUGCGCAGCGUGCCCUCUCUGUGCGGGGUGGACCACACGGAGCGCCGAGGGCGCCUGCAGCUGGAGAUCCGAGCACCCACGUCGGAAGAGAUCCACGUCACAGUUGGUGAGGCCCGUAACCUUAUCCCAAUGGACCCCAAUGGUCUGUCUGACCCCUACGUGAAGCUGAAGCUCAUCCCAGACCCUCGGAACUUGACGAAGCAAAAGACCCGGACCGUGAAAGCCACGCUAAACCCUGUGUGGAACGAGACCUUUGUGUUCAACCUGAAGCCAGGAGACGUGGAGCGCAGGCUUAGCGUGGAGGUGUGGGACUGGGACCGGACUUCCCGCAACGAUUUCAUGGGCGCCAUGUCCUUCGGGGUCUCGGAGCUGCUCAAGGCGCCGGUGGACGGCUGGUACAAGUUACUGAACCAGGAGGAGGGCGAAUAUUACAAUGUGCCAGUGGCUGAUGCUGACAACUGCAGCCUCCUCCAGAAGUUUGAGGCCUGUAACUACCCCCUGGAACUGUACGAGCGGGUGCGGAUGGGUCCCUCUUCCUCUCCCAUCCCCUCCCCGUCCCCUAGUCCCACGGACUCCAAACGCUGUUUCUUUGGGACAAGCCCUGGACGUCUGCACAUCUCCGACUUCAGCUUCCUCAUGGUUCUAGGAAAAGGCAGCUUUGGGAAGGUGAUGCUGGCUGAGCGCAGGGGCUCUGAUGAGCUCUACGCUAUCAAGAUCCUGAAGAAAGACGUGAUUGUCCAGGAUGAUGAUGUGGACUGCACCCUGGUGGAGAAGCGCGUGCUGGCCCUGGGGGGCCGAGGCCCGGGAGGCCGGCCCCACUUUCUCACCCAGCUGCACUCCACCUUCCAGACCCCGGACCGUCUGUAUUUUGUGAUGGAGUAUGUCACCGGGGGAGACCUGAUGUACCACAUCCAGCAAUUGGGCAAGUUUAAGGAGCCCCAUGCAGCGUUCUACGCAGCAGAAAUCGCCAUCGGCCUCUUCUUCCUUCACAAUCAGGGCAUCAUCUACCGGGACCUGAAAUUAGACAACGUGAUGCUGGAUGCUGAAGGACACAUCAAAAUCACUGACUUUGGCAUGUGUAAGGAGAACGUCUUCCCUGGGACCACCACCCGCACCUUCUGUGGGACCCCAGACUACAUAGCCCCUGAGAUCAUUGCCUACCAACCCUAUGGAAAGUCUGUUGAUUGGUGGUCCUUUGGGGUUCUGUUGUAUGAGAUGUUGGCAGGACAGCCCCCUUUCGAUGGGGAGGAUGAGGAAGAGCUGUUUCAGGCUAUCAUGGAACAAACCGUCACUUACCCCAAGUCGCUUUCCCGGGAAGCUGUGGCCAUCUGCAAGGGGUUCCUAACUAAGCACCCAGCGAAACGCCUGGGCUCAGGGCCGGACGGGGAGCCCGCCAUCCGUGCUCAUGGCUUUUUCCGCUGGAUGGACUGGGAGCGGCUGGAACGACUGGAGAUCGCGCCUCCGUUCAGACCCCGUCCGUGUGGACGCAGCGGCGAGAACUUCGACAAGUUCUUUACGCGGGCGGCGCCAGCGUUGACCCCCCCAGACCGCCUGGUUCUGGCCAGCAUCGACCAGGCCGAUUUCCAAGGCUUCACCUACGUGAACCCGGAUUUCGUGCACCCCGACGCCCGCAGCCCCGUCAGCCCGCCGCCGGUGCCAGUCAUACUCUGCUGUGCUGAGCCCGGGAUUCUCACCCACCUUGGUGUUCUGGACUCUGCGCUACCAGAACCUUCACCACGGUCCCAACUCCGUGGGGUUCUAGACUCCGUGUUGGUAGAAUCUCUGUCUCUCCUUUUUUUUUUUUUCUUCUUUCUUUCUGGGAAAUAGUCUCAUGGGGUGGGCUGUUCUAGACUUGGAUUCUAGAACAACCCUUCACCUCUGACCUGCCCCCCACUCCCCCCACCAACGACGUCCUCCCCAUUCUGGAGUGAGUGGGAGGCUGUGCCCCCACGCUCCCGUGCGCCUCGUCCACACUCUAGGGAUUCCUGGGAUGGAUGAAGGAUCCCUACCCCCAGCUGUUCUCAAUCAGCUUUUGUUCUAGACGCCCCUACCCCGAACCUGCCCCUACCCCGAACCCGUCACUGCUCGCCUGCCAGGUGCAUGGCUCCAGUCCUGCUCGGAACCUCCUCCACCUCCCCUCCCUCUUCCCCUCCCCCCCCCUUCCCGUGCCUGCCACUCUGGGUGGGGGGGCUCUGUCCUCCUCCCCCUGCCCACUGCCCUCUUCUUUGGCUCUCUCGCCCGGCCACAGCUGCUGGAGAAUAAAUUUGGGAUGCUGAU